CGCUUAUCGAAGUUGGUGUUUUACAACAUUCUUACUACCAGCAUUUUUUCAAGAUGUUGCUCUACUUGCUAAUUGCUGGUCUAUCUUUCGUUUCUUCGGAUCGAUGUGGUUCUGUUCCUCCAUCAUUAUGGUGCAGUAGCAAAAAUCUGAGCACUGAAUGUGGAUUUGACAAGCUGUGCGACCGAUACCGCAGCAGUACCAACAACAAGCGAAUAAACGUUACGGUUCUUAUCGAAGCUCUUUGCCCUGAUUGUCAACGUUACAUAGUCGAAGAGCUCUACCCAAAUGUCUACAAAAAUUUCGCCAAUUUCAUCAACCUUGAACUCGUCCCCUAUGGAAAUGCACACUUCGUAAACGGAACGAUCCAGUGUCAGCAUGGACCGGAAGAAUGCAAAAUAAAUAAAUUCGAAUCAUGUCUAAUCGAUGCAGUCAAAGCACAAGACCAAUAUGUACCUUUCAUCUAUUGCCUGGAGAAUAAUUUGCAGUAUAAAGUUCCAUUCGAAACGGCUGCAGAGAAAUGUUUCAAGAAACAAUCUAUCAGUACGGAUAUUCAGAUGUUGGUUCAAUCUUGUCUAGUAUCACGACUUGGAGAACUACUCCAAAAGAAAGCUGGUGAAAGAACUGAUAGUGUUUGGCCCGACAAACAUCGACAUGUGCCUUGGGUAGUAAUCAACGACAUCUCGAUAGAAAGCGAACAGAUGAUGAUGGAUCACCUCUCGUACCUCAUUUGCACAUGGUACACAGGCGAUAAGGAGAUUCCAUAUUGCCAAAAGGAGGAGAAGAAGAAGUACAAGAUGUGGUCGUUGAAUGUUUAAAUUAUUCAAAUAAAC